UGGACCAAUGAUUAUGUGAUUUGUGUGCGAGUGUUAUGACUUGUGGUCACAAAUAUAUCCAUCAAAUGAUCGGUUGAAUCAUCUGUUGGUUGUCUUAGUCUUCAUUCAAUGUAUUGAUCCGUUGUUUGCAUAUCAGUGACAAUCACCACAAUAUGAGUGAUAAUAUUAGGGUUCGCCUCGAGUUCAGAGGAUUUCAAGACAAAACACUUCAUAACUCGUUGUUGUCGUUCAAGAAAAGUAUGACAAAAGAUGUCAAAAGUCUUCAAUUGUUAAUUGAGAAGAGGUUUCAAAUGAAAAAAAGUUUUGCGUUAUUCAUCGAUAACUUUGUAUUGGAAACCACAGAACCCAUUGAUAUUUUGAGAGAUAAUGAUCUCAUUGUAGUCGAGCCGAAGAAAGACAUGUCAAUGACUAAUAUAAAACCUAAACCAAAAAUUGGACCCAAAAGUAAAGUUCAGAAAUUAGAUGAAAAAGUAGAGAAUGUGUUACAAGAUAUCGAAGUAAAACUAAAACCAAAAAUCGGACCGAAAAGUAAAGUUAAGAAAUUAGAUGAAAGUGAAGAACAUGUGUUACCAGACAUUCAUGUAAAACAAAAACCCAAAAUCGGACCAAAAAGUAAAGUUAAGAAAUUAGAUGAAACUGAAGAACAUGUGUUAAAAGACAUUGAGAUAAAACCAAAACUGAAACCCAAAAUCGGACCCAAAAGUAAAGUUAAGAAAUUGGAUGAAACUGAAGAACAUGUGUUACAAGACAUUGAGAUAAAACCAAAACUGAAACCCAAAAUCGGACCGAAAAGUAAAGUUCGGAGAUUGGAUGAAACUGAAGAACAUGUGUUACCAGAUGUCAAAGUGAAACGUGAAAGCAAAGAGUCACUCUCAACAACACCAAGAAGUGUCUCAAAGUAUUCUCAAAAUUUUGGUUUCAGUAAAUCAAAAGAUAUGUCUAAAAGUGAGUUUAAACAAGACAUUGAUAAUGAAGAUAAAACACAAUUGAAAGAAAUAAUAAAAGAAGAAUCACCACAAAUGGACAGCGAUCUGAUUGAAGUGGUAUCCAAUCGAGAGAUUCCUUUGAGAAAAGCAUUUAAAAGCGCCAGUUCUGCCAUUAAAAGGAAACCACAAGUUAUAAGCAAAACGCCUUCUGAGAUGAGUUUAGAUGAAAUGAAAUCCAAACGAAAACGACACGCAAAAGAAUCGUAUGAAGCGGUUGACAUUUUUUCACCAAUUAUUAUAUUGGAUAGAAUUGAACUAAAAAAUGAACAAAAAUCAACUCAAAUGAGUGCUGUCUAUGAUAGUGACGAUUCCAGUGAUAUUCAAGAAGUCGUUAUCAAAAAAGUCAACUCAAUUGUUGACAAACCAACAGUUAAACGAAACGCACGAAAAAGUUUUCCCAAAAUAUCAAAAACUACUAUAAAUGGUAACAAUGAUAAACUAAAUACAAGUGAAAGCAAGUCUAGUGAUAAUAAUAAUACAAACAAAGAAGAAACGAAAGAAGUGGAAAAAGAAACGACAAUAGACUUUGAGAACAGUCAACCAUUGGUAUCGAUUCCAGAUGUCGGCGAUAUUAUAGCAUUUAAAAUGGUUACUAAAACAAAGGGUGACAAUGAUAUGUUGCAAUCAUCACAUUUUAUGAUGGCUUCCGUAUUCAAUAUUAAUUGUGAAACACAAAUGAUUGACGUUAUCCUCAAUAAGAAUCUCAACAGAAACCAUUCAAGUAUAGAUCCAGACGACCAUAUUCUCACAUUGAAGUUGAAUUGGACAACACUUUUAGAAGCAAAACUAAUUCAAAAAUCCAGUUCUCAUAUCAAUUAAUUUAUAUACAAGUAUUUGUUUUUAUUAAUC